GUGUCCUCUGAUAGAUUAUGGAUGAGUUAUGGAUGAGUUUUAUAAUAUUGGCAAGAAGAUUGCAAGAAAACUUUCAGGUCACCGGAAUACGUGUCUCAGAUGUGCCACUCACCAUCGAGUCCAGCUACCAGAAAGCUUCAAGCCCAUCAUCCAUCAUCUCUACAAACGCAAGACGGCCAAUUGGAACCAAGAAACCCACCCACGCACGGUCUCGACACCCUCAACUUCAAUAAUUCCUUCCUCUCCCCGGAAUUUGCACCCACCGAGAUGCGCACGGUCGUCCAAGGAGCCAUCCUUAUCGGCGUCGGCGGCACUGCCGUGCUCCUACAGAUGGCUAUGCCGGGCAUUGGCGCAAGGGUUGGCUACUCAGAUGAUGACUCGGGUUUGGAGUUGUGGGCUGCGGCGACGCUACACAGUGCGACUCCAGUAGUCCUAGAAAUCUGCGCGCGUCUUGGGCCAUAUUUCCGGUGGGACGCGCAGCGAAGGCGCGAGUACGGUGUAUGGCGCUUAAAUUCUAUGCAGAUGUCCUUCGUAAGGCUGAUCGCUGUGGAGUGGAUGCCGAUAUUGCUGCGUGAGCCUUUCUGGGUGGAAGAAGACUCCAGAGGGCGGCGUGUGGGCUAUUGGGUGGUCAGUGUCAUGGUGUAA